AUGAGUGAUGGAUUUUGCGGUACUCAUUUGCAGAUCAUGGUUAGGACUAGAGGAUUAGGUCGUGCCUUAGGUCAAGUCACUGGCAGAGGUGUGGGCAGAGGAGAUCGUGAUGAUUCCGAUGAUGCUCCGCAGCGUCGACGGCCUACUGCAUCCACACGGAGGCAGCGAGUCGCUGUGACUGCGGAUCACGUCGAUGGGAGGAAGGUCCACAAUUUAGGUAGGCAUGUCCCUGCCAUUGAGGGACUUAUUGCUGGUACAGGACUAAGUCCUCUGAUCGCGUGUUCGGUAGACACCGGCAAUCGAGGACUUUUGUCCGCGUUUGUGGAGGGGUGGCAUCGGGAGACGUCUAGUUUCCAUCUCCCGGUGGGAGAGCUCACCAUCACAUUAGACGACGUCUCCUCUCUUCUCCAUCUUCCCGUUAUUGGCGACUUACACGCAUUUGAGCCCUUGCACGUGGACGAUGCGGUUCAGAUGCUGGUGGACUUGUUGAUGGUCUCUCCAGAGUCUGCUAGGGCUGAGACAGUCCAGUGUCACGGACUGUACAUAUGUCUGCAAUGGAGUGCAACCAAUGUCCAUGUUGUCUACUUGGAGGCCCUUCGUGACCUCAGUAUGACAGAGAGGUACGCCUGGGGAGUGGCUGCUUUGGUUCAUAUGUACGACCAGCUGAACGAUGCAUCUAUGAGCCACAGUCGACAGCUUGGUGAUUACAUCACACUGCUGCAGUGCUGGAUUUACGAGCACUUUCCCUCGGUCGCGGAGUCCACCGCUGAUCAGGACUACGACGAGGCUUCUCCGCGUGCGUGCAGGUGGACUGCAACGAAGAAGACCGUGAAGAGCUUUCGCACGCCGUCGUACAGGGAGUGCCUGGACCGACUCCGGAUUCCGGAUGUCUGUUGGAUCCCUUAUGGGGAGCAUCAGGAAGUCCGGGACUUCCACGUCAGAUCAUGCUAUUCCGGUCUCUUGCGUUGGGGGCCUGUUGCUGUUUAUUACCGACCGGAGAGGGUCGUGCGGCAGUUUGGCUACACGCAGACCAUUCCUGCUCCUCCUAUCGAUUAA